GACGCCGCCUUUCUGUGCGUCACUGUCAUAUUCCCUCCGUCACUGCAAGCUGUGAUGGCGGAGGUGGAUGAUAACGACAUAACGAUGAACUACCACGGUGAUUUCUUAAAAAACGACAAGAAAAGCAGCCGAUACCCCUACUGCAUUGUCUGGACACCUAUUCCACUUUUAUCGUGGGUGCUUCCCUUCAUUGGUCACAUGGGCAUCUGCACCUCUUCGGGAAUCAUACGAGAUUUUGCAGGAUCAUACUUUGUCUCUGAGGACAACAUGGGAUUUGGCCAACCAACAAAAUAUUGGAGACUGGAUGUGGACAAAGUCUGUGGCAAUGGUGCCGUAGCAUGGGACAAAGCAGUGCAUGAUGCAUCUGAAGAAUACAAAUGCAGGCCGCAUAAUCUGUGCUUGGAUAAUUGCCAUUCCCACGUUGCCAUGGCCCUAAACCUCAUGCGCUACGACAACAGCACAUCUUGGAACAUGGUGAACUUGUGUGUGUUGUCUCUCCUUCACGGGAAACAUGUAAGCUGGGCUGCUUUCCUGAAGACCUGGCUGCCCUUCGUUAUGCUCUGCGGAGUCCUCGCCACGUUUGUCCUAACAUUUCAUUUACACUAGUACAACAAGAUGUUCAGGAAUAUGGAUCUGGUUAUAAUUUAUUUAUGCAUUGUCACUGAUGUGAAUGGUGCGUUUUAAGAAGACAACAAAACAAAGUAUUCCAUUUUGUGAUGUGCUAUGUAGUGAUCUGGUAUGAGGGGAAUUAAGGGCAACACUUCACUAUUUGUUGUUUAUUGUGAUAUAAUUUAUCUUUAAACUCAAUAAAUUUUUCUAAAUCUU